ACAUUUGGGCUAAAAGAAAUAAACUGGGCCAAGGAAGGCCCUUUUAAACGCCACGUACGUCAGGGGAUCGGGCCAAGCGUUUCCGAUUCCGAUUCCGAUUGCUGAGCUAUGAGCGGGUAAUCGGAGCUACUACAUAACGACGACGAGGCAGCGUUGAUAUCUAUAUAUAUUAACUAGCCAAAGUGAUUGAUGAUUCUUCGAUUGAAGAACCAGACGCUCGGCAAACUCAAUCCGACUCGUUCCUACUUAUCUUAUUUGGUUCUCCGACGAGAUUCGCACUCGCAGAUUCGUACCAAACCCGAUCACGAUCGCCGGAGAAGAGAGUACGAGGGAAGCGAAAAGUCGAAGAAGAAGGAACAUGACGGUUUGUUUCUGUGCAAGAGUAAAGGCCAACACCUUCUUACCAACACCAGAAUCCUCGACGCCAUCGUCCGUAGCUCAGAUAUCAGGCCGACGGAUACAGUCUUGGAGAUCGGACCUGGUACUGGGAAUCUCACGAUGAAGCUCCUUGAAGCUUCCCAGAAUGUCGUCGCCGUUGAGUUAGAUAAGCGUAUGGUGGAGAUUCUCCGGAAAAGGGUUUCCGACAAUGGCUUUGCUGAUAAACUUACGAUUAUUCAAAAAGAUGUUCUGAAGACAGAGUUCCCUCAGUUUGAUCUCGUGGUUGCGAACAUUCCGUACAACAUAUCAUCUCCUCUUGUGGCGAAGCUUGUUUACGGCUCCAAUACGUUUCGUAGCGCCACUCUCUUGCUCCAGAAGGAAUUCUCUCGCAGGCUCUUGGCAAAUUCUGGAGAUUCCGAUUUCAACAGAUUGGCGGUUAACGUUAAGUUAGUAGCCGAUGUUAAAUUCGUGAUGGAUGUCAGUAAAAGAGAGUUCGUUCCACCACCUAAAGUCGAUUCAUCUGUAGUUAUGAUCACACCAAAGGAGGUAAAACCUGAUGUUAAUGUCCAAGAAUGGCUGGCGUUCACUCGCACGUGUUUCGGGAACAAGAAUAAGACGCUUGGUUCCAUGUUUAGGCAGAAGAAGAAGGUCAUGGAGUUGCUGAGUUUGUCUGCAGGGAGGAAUGGUUCGAAAGUUGGGAUGGAAUGUGGUGAUGGUGAGUUUGACACUGAUGUUGAAGAUGAAGGUGGGAGAGAUAAUGUCUUGUGUAUGGAUACAGAUGCAAGUAUGUUCAAGGAAAGGGUAGUUGGACUUCUGAGAACACAUGGGUUCGAAGAGAAAAGACCAUCGAAGCUUUCUCAUGGCGAGUUGUUACAUUUGCUUUCUUUGUUUAACCAAGCUGGCAUCUUUUUCCAUGAUAUUACAUCAUUACCAAUGGAUCUACACGAAUAAUGCAUUUGUAUUUUGGUCCAACACCUUUUCAUUUAUUUUUCUCUCAAGAUGACAGUAGACAAAGCUACUUAAUGCGGU